AUGACCCUGGAGGAGGCAAAACCAGUUCUUGCUGCUAUAUUUACUGUGAGCGCAGCGAUCAACACAGCCAUAUCGGCCUUUGACCUUGAGAUACGCAGCACUGCUCACCAGACACAGCAAUCGCGCGUGUACGCCCUCAUAAACACCACCAGUGACCCGAUGAUGCAGCUUGCCACGACCUACAGCGCUGAUGAGAUCGCCUAUGUCAAGCGGCUGCUCGAUGCCAUGUUUGAGUCCAACAACACCUCACGCUGCGAAGCCAUGGUCGUCUCGUCCAUUGAGGCCGUUAGACUUGCCCGUACGGGAGCCAAUUUGAACCGGAGACAGUCGGAGGGAGUUCCCCAGACCGGCACCGCGCAGCCAUUGAGCAUGAGGGAAGCCGAAGGCAUGCUGAGCCGUUUGGUAGCGGAAGGCUGGCUGGAGAGGAGUCGGGCGGGGUACUACAGUCUCUCACCCAGAGCAUUGAUGGAGCUUCGAGGGUGGCUGGUUGAAACUUAUAAUGAAGAGGAAGACGAGAAUGGGGAUACUCGCCAAAACCACAAGAUUAAGACAUGUUUUGCCUGCAAAGAAAUUAUCACAGUGGUAUGA